AUGAAGCCAGAGCUUCAGGUCACUCUGCAGGUUGAUGCGGUAGCGAAGAACAUCAAGGGGAGGAGUGAAAGUGGGUAUUCGAUCUUGCGGGCAGUGUUCAGGGAAAGGCUUGUGGAGUUCUUCAAAAAUCAUCCCCAGGGAGAUGAGGUUCCAGAGGAGCAGCUGCCGCAUCCAUUUAAUCCAACAAAGCUCAGUGUACAUAAGAGCGUGAACAUCAAUGCCGAUCCAUCAGGCACCAAAUCCUCAUCAAGUGCUCCUAUCCAGCAACAAUUUUUAGUGCCAUCUCACAUGUCACAAUCUUUUAAGAGGCAUUUUUCUCGCAAAAUUCCCAUCCUUAAUCCGGAGAAAACUCCACCGAUGUGCUCUAGUGAAGCUUGUCCUAAAGAUGAUCAUUCUGACUUUGCCGAUUCAUCUGCCAUAUCUAAGAAGUCAUUGCUCAGUUCUCCUAUUUCAAUAACCUUACCAAUUGUAGAAGGAGGUGAUGAAAGGGAUGCUGCAGGGUCACCCAGAGCUGAUAACUAUCCUCAUGAGGAAUCAAAUGUUCAGAAGGGAACUCCUGCAAAGCUAGUGUGCACUCCUUUAAGGUUAAUGACUGAUACACCGGAAAUUCCAACAUCAAAGAGACUUAGGACAACCCCAUCGAACAAAUCCGUAAGGCGAUCGGCCCGAACAAAGUUGUUUAUGACUCCAGAAAAGAGUGCAAAUGAGUGUGAUGAUGAUGGAAGUCUGUCUGCCAGUGAUGAUGUUCUCAAUUUUCUACCAAAAACUCUCUUGCAGUCGGUGAGUCCUAUCACAUCUUCUUGCUGUGGUGUUUUAGCUCUAAAGCUUCUGAAGAUGUUUCUUGAAAUGCCUUCUAUCAAUGUGAAGGAGCAGAAAGCAGUGCAGGAGAAGCAAGCUGGCUUUGCCGAUGCUAUUAGACGGCAAAAGUUGAUAGCUUCCUUGCCAAAUAUUUUUGACAUGAUCCUACUCACAUUUCAGUCAUGGAAGAGAUCUGUCAUGACAAAGCAUGAGUUAACUAACAAGUUAAUCUCAAGUCACUCUAAGAUAGUUGAUCAAGGUGAAGUGGAAGAACAGUUGAAACUAUUGCUAGAAUUAGUUCCAGAUUGGAUCUCUGAAAAGAUUGCUUGUAAUGGGGACACACUUUGUUGUGUAAGUAAAAUAUCAAAUGCAGAAGAGAUCAGGCAAAGGUUAUUAGAAGCAGAGUAG